AUGGGGCAGACAGAUAUAGCCCUCAUGCAAGAUCCUUGGAUCUGCAAGGAACGUGUAGGGGGGCUCAAAACGGGAUGUGGCUCACUCUAUUAUGAUACCACAUCCAAAAGACCCAGGGCUUGCAUCUUCGUCAAAAAGAAGAUAGUGGCCCUGAAAUUCAAUGAAUUCUGCACAAGUGACCUCUCAGUAGUUAAGGUAAAACUUAGCCUCGGAGGGAAUCUGUCAGAGCUGGUCGUCUGCUUGGCGUACCAUCCGUACGACUCAGUGGACCCUCCGCCUACGAGGGAACUCAGAGUACUGAUUGACCACUGUGCUACCAACGGUCUGCACCUGGUGAUAGGCUGUGGCGCAAACUCGCACCACACCGUAUGGGGCAGCACCAAUAUCAAUGAAAGGGGCACAGCGCUGCUGGAGUACCUUACCGCUACGGGAUUAGAGAUCCUCAACGCAGGCUCCGCUCCCACCUUUGUUACCACCCGUAGACAAGAGGUAAUGGAGUUGAUCCGGGGCUCCGCAAAGGUGACACAGGUUGUUAAAGACUGGCAAGUUCGAAACGAGGUGACACUCUCAGACCACCGCCUUAUUACAUUCAAUUUGAAAGGGGAAAGGGAAGACAGUCCUGGGAAGGUUUACUGGAAUUCUAAAGCCACCAACUGGGCACUCUACAAAGAGGGACUGGCUGGCAGACUGAAGGGGCACCGUCAACGCCCCAGGACCAUAGGGAAGAUUGAGCGGGCGGUGGAGCAUCUAAGCUCUGUCAUCACUCAGGCCUAUGAAGCAGCCUGCCCUACCAAAACCAGGAACAACAGUAAAAGGGUCCCCUGGUGGAACAGAGAACUGGACAAGGCCGGAGGGGAAGGCCGCAAACUGCUGAACAAAGCCAUGAAGGCCAACACGGAACCAGCCUGGAACAACUAUAGAAGGUCCCAGAAGGUAUACAGAAAAUUAAUAAGAACAAGUAAAAGGACGGCCUGGAAGACCUUCUGUAAAGAGACCGAGGCGCUACCUGUAGUUGCAGUCUAA